GCGGGGUCUGUCCCCCGCUGCUAUCCAGAAAAUACGGGACCUGGUUCCGACAUAACCAGAAUAUGAGCUCUUUGGUCCCAGUUCUUGCAAGUAGCUACAAAAUGCGAUUCCACGGCCGCUGUCGGUUUGUCUUGAGUCACAUCGCACAAUGCUUUUCAAACGGGUGACAACACCACAUAUCGGCUGGUACGGCCUAGGUUCAAUGGGUCUUCCCAUGGCCAUGAAUCUGCAGCGAUACCUGUUCAACACGCAGGAGCCCAGCCUGACAUACUACAACCGGACGAUAUCUGCCGGCGGGCCCUUGGACGAGCUCGGCGCAGUCGCAGCAACAAGUCUGUCGGAUCUUGUUGAAAAAUGCGACAUCAUAUUUACCAUGCUGGCAAACGACAAAGUCGUCACACAAUCAGUCGACACCAUAACCAAAUCAGACACCCCACUUGAUAAGAAGAUAUUUAUCGAUUGCUCAACGGUCCACCCAGAUACGACUGAGCACGUAUCUAAGACCCUAUCUGCACUUGGGGCUGUCUUCUUAUCGGCCCCAGUUUUCGGUGGACCCGCCGUAGCGGCAUCGGGGUGCCUUGUCUUUGCUAUCGGGGGGCCGAGACCGCCUGCAGUCGAUAUAUGCCGGUAUAUCGAGGGGGUAAUGGGGAGAAAGGUUAUCGAGUGUGGGCCGGAAGCGAAGAACGCCUCGUUGUUGAAGAUCGGCGGGAAUAUUAUCACGCUAAACAUGAUGGAGGCAGUCGGCGAAGCGCAGGUCUUUGCAGAGCAAACGGGAGUUGGGACCAGUGCAAUGGAAGAACUCAUAACCGAGUCAUUUGGGCCCAUUGCCGGGGGUUAUUCGAACAGAUUGACAAGCGGCAUCUACGCACCACCGUUAGGUACGCGGCCUGGGUUUGGAGUGUCAUUGGCUAUCAAGGACGCCGAGCAUGCAUUAUCUCUGGCAAAGGGGGUCAACGCUAGGCUGCCCGGGGUGGAAAUCGCGCAUGGCAACAUGCAAUCUGCGCGAGAUUAUGCUGGAGAGUGCUUGGACAGUAGCUCGAUGUACGGGAUCCUGCGGAUGGAGGCUGGGGUGUCCUUCUGGAAUGACGCCAGUCGUCAGGGGUAAGAUCCUGCCUCACGGACUAGAAUAGGAAAUCGGCAGGAAGGUUCCUAGAUGAGAAGUGAAGUCAUUUCGGGCAUACUCCGGGGUACUGGGUGCAGUAUCUGGCCGAUCCCCCCGCAUCGCUAGGGCUCCCGGUUGUAAAUAGCGCACGGUUGGCCUCCCGACUCGAUAACAUCAGCCAUUGUUAUGACCUC